GAAAAAGGAAAAUGACCAGGAUCCGAAACCCGAGAGCACCGCUGUUCGCACAAAAUUUUUGCUCUCCAUCGAUGGUCUGUUGGAUCACCAAUCUUCUCUUCUCUAGCUCCGAUUUCAGUGGUGUUGCUGGAAAAAGAGGAUGGAGAUGGGAACUUUGAUUGUUAGGGAAAUGGUGAUUAACGAUUUUCGAUUUCUGGGUGUCAAACAGGAAAGUAGAAUGUAUUGUGGGUUGGGUUUUGACUUAGGUUUUGAGACAAAUUUCUGUAAUUUGUUUGAUCGAGCUAUUGCAUUGGUGAACUGGUGAUGAUUGUCUGAUUUCGAGCUGUAAGGUGCAGGUUCUGGUGUUGGGUAUGGUAAUUAGGGUGUGUCAACAAUAUGACAAUGAAUGAGCGGAAGACGAUUGACCUUGAACAAGGAUGGGAAUUCAUGCAGAAAGGGAUCACAAAGGUGAAAAAUAUCCUGGAAGGAUUGCCGGAACAACAGUUCAGCUCUGAGGACCGCAUAAUGCUCUACACAACUAUCUAUAACAUGUGUACACAAAAGCCGCCUCAUGAUUAUUCCCAGCAGUUGUAUGAAAAGUACAGAGAGUCUUUUGACGAAUACAUCACAUCAACGGUGCUGCCAUCUCUAGGAGAGAAGCAUGAUGAAUUUAUGUUGAGAGAACUCGUUAAAAGGUGGGCCAACCAUAAACUGAUGGUUAGGUGGCUUUCUCGUUUCUUCUAUUAUCUUGAUCGCUACUUCAUUGCUCGGAGGUCAUUGCCUCCCCUUAAUGAAGUUGGACUCACCCGUUUCCGUGAGCUGGUCUACCAAAAUCUAAAUGGAAAAGUGAGGGAUGCUGUAAUUUCUCUUAUUGAUCAAGAACGAGAGGGCGAGCAAAUUGACCGAUCAUUAUUGAAGAAUGUUUUAGAUAUCUUUGUUGAAAUAGGGAUGGGCCAGAUGUAUUGCUAUGAAGGUGAUUUUGAAGCCACUAUGCUUAAAGAUACCGCUGCCUACUAUUCACGGAAAGCUACAAGUUGGAUUCUGCAAGAUUCUUGUCCGGAUUAUAUGCUGAAAGCUGAGGACUGUCUAAAACGGGAGAAAGAUAGAGUUUCUUAUUACUUGCAUUCUAGCAGUGAGCCAAAGUUACUUGAGAAAGUUCAACAUGAGUUGUUGUCUGUUUAUGCAACCCAACUUCUUGAGAAGGAACACUCUGGGUGCCAUGCAUUGCUAAGAGAUGACAAGGUGGAGGAUUUGUCAAGAAUGUUUAGACUCUUUUCUAAAAUUCCUCGAGGCUUGGAUCCCAUUUCUAGCAUUUUUAAACAGCACGUUACUGCUGAAGGUACAGCAUUGGUUAAACAAGCAGAGGAUGCUGCAAGCAACAAAAAGGCUGAUAAGAGGGACGUGCUUGGUAUGCAGGAGCAGGUUUUUGUAAGAAAAGUUAUUGAGCUGCAUGACAAAUACCUUGCCUACGUGAAUGAUUGUUUCCAGAAUCACUCUCUUUUUCAUAAGGCUCUCAAGGAGGCUUUUGAAGUAUUUUGCAACAAGGGUGUUGCUGGGAGCUCAACUGCAGAGCUUUUAGCCACUUUUUGUGAUAAUAUUCUUAAGAAGGGAGGAAGUGAAAAACUAAGUGAUGAAGCAAUUGAAGAAACACUCGAGAAGGUAGUAAAGCUGCUUGCUUAUAUCAGUGACAAGGACUUGUUUGCAGAAUUCUAUAGGAAAAAGCUUGCUCGGAGGCUUCUUUUUGAUAAGAGUGCUAAUGAUGACCAUGAGAGAAGUAUUUUGACAAAGCUGAAGCAGCAAUGUGGGGGUCAGUUCACUUCAAAGAUGGAGGGAAUGGUUACAGAUUUAACAUUGGCAAGAGAAAACCAGACGAGUUUUGAGGAGUAUCUUAGCAAUAAUCCAAAUGCAAAUCCAGGGAUUGACUUGAGUGUGACUGUUCUGACUACGGGAUUCUGGCCUAGUUACAAAUCUUUUGAUCUGAACCUUCCAGCAGAAAUGGUUAAGUGUGUUGAAGUUUUCAGGGAUUUCUAUGAAACAAAAACCAAGCAUAGAAAACUUACAUGGAUAUAUUCAUUGGGGACCUGUAACCUUAUUGGGAAAUUCGAACCCAAAACGAUGGAGCUAAUUGUCACAACUUACCAGGCCUCUGCCUUGCUGCUAUUUAAUUCUUCAGAUAGGCUGAGUUAUUCAGAGAUCAUGACUCAGUUAAACCUGUCUGAUGAUGAUGUCGUUAGGCUUCUGCACUCAUUAUCAGGUUUAAAGUAUAAAAUUCUUAACAAGGAGCCAAACACAAAAACUAUUGCUCCCACUGAUUACUUUGAGUUCAACUCCAAGUUCACCAACAAAAUGCGAAGGAUCAAAAUUCCUCUACCCCCAGUGGAUGAGAAGAAGAAGGUAAUCGAAGAUGUUGACAAGGAUAGACGGUAUGCCAUCGAUGCCUCAAUAGUGCGGACAAUGAAGAGCCGAAAGGUUUUGGGUCAUCAACAGUUGGUUCUGGAAUGUGUUGAGCAGUUGGGCCGCAAGUUCAAGCCUGAUUUCAAGGCAAUUAAAAAGCGGAUUGAAGAUCUGAUAACACGAGACUAUCUUGAGAGGGACAAGGAUAAUCCUAAUAUAUUCCGGUACUUGGCAUGAUGUGCGGCUCAGUCCAUCAUCCAAAUGAAGUGAUGAUUGUUGCUAUCGCAUGAAGCACUGAAAAAUGUCCAAGUAUCUUGGCAGAAGCAGUGCAAGUAAUACCGAGAUGCCAUCAGGUUAGAGCUUACUUUGGUGGUAGCUUUAGCAGAAUCUAAGAUGCUAUGCUUGUACAUUUGUGCUGGGAUUCAGGGAUGCCAACUUCUAUGAUCUAUAAAAUCAUGACGGAGAAAUAGUAAUUUGCUUCAUAAUGUGGUUCUGUGGGGGCACAUACCAUCUUGUAUCUGUUAUCGUAUCACUGCAAGAUCAUUUCACAACCAAGGCAAUCAGCCACUGCUUGUUGUGCUAGUGUUUUUCUAAUCCCUUCUUCUUUCAACUCUGCCCCAUUGGAAGAGGAAAAAUGUGUAAUUUAGUUUUAUUUGUAUGAGUGGUCAUUUCAGCCAAGAAUGGAAGUAUUAUUGGGGUGGUCUUCCUGAAUGCAAAAGCCUUGGCAUGGUGUUUUAAGAAUUUUCCUGCAAUAUAUUUUCCUUUAUUUG